UUGGCAAGAUAAUCACUGAAAGGGCACUUGAGCAACAGUAAGACUCACUCACACAAACACACAGGACUCAGCUUGUUACUCGACACCACACCCUUGCUGGUGUUCAGUCUGACACAUUCCUUGCAGACACGCACAGAGAACGGAUGAGACAUAGGAACAGACGAUGGCAGAUAAGGACCUAAGAACCGAUGACCAGAGACUGGAAGUGUCCCCUGGCUCUUUGCUCUCAGUCCAGAGUGGUGCUCUGGAUCCCCUUGUAGAAUAUCAGGCAGUGCUACAGGAUGGCACUCUCUCACUGGUCCCCCUCGACAGUCACGCUACUGGAGAGGGGGUGGUUCAGCCGUACCCUCGCUCCCCAAAGCUGCUCCGCAAGGUGGCUGCAUCCAGACAUCUCUCUGAGGAGCAGCUGUCUAGACGCCUGGAGGAACUGCAGUCAGAAAGAACCAGAACUAAGGCCCACAUUCAAUCUCUGAAGAAACGCAAGGCUGAUCUCUCUAGGAGCACAGAGGUGAUGAAGCACCAGGUGAGGGAGAGGGUCGAGGGCAUGAGGGCCGCCCUGCAGAGAGACCAGCAGGCCAUGAUGGACUCUCUGGAGUUGGACCGCAUAGAGACGAGCGCCAGACUAGACCAUGUCCUGAAGGGCUGGGACCAACACCUAGGACAGGUCCAGAGGAGCAUCACCACUACCCAGAAAUCCCUGGGGCAGACUUGGACAGGGGGAGAUAAACAGAAUCUUCCUGACAAUCUCAGCCAUAAGAAGCCCGAUGCUUCCGAAGCAGAGAUCCGGCUGAACGAAGAGAGGUUUGAGAAGCUUCUGAAAACCCUACGCUCCUUCUACGAGCACUACGAGAAGGGAAAGCUGGCAUUCUACGAUGCCGAGACUAUGAAGGUCCUGCAGGAGUUCUCUGCAGCCCUGACGACCGUGUUUGAUAGGGUGCAUCAUCAGUUCACUGAGCCCCUGUACCCUGCGUUCUGCUUCCUAAGACCAUCAGAGGGACAGGUGUGGCCCAGCCAUAUGGAGAUACGGGACAUCAACACUCCCAUAGCGAUCCAUAAAUGUCAAUAAGCAUUGUUCGAUACACACAGUCAUGUCCUAUUCAAAGUGUGUGCUCUACUCUCAACUCAUUUCUAUGCUGGUUUUGUUCACUCAUAACAAAUGUUCAUCUGAACAAUGCAUUGUGUGACCUUGUCAAAUAAAACUGACCAUGAAGUUUA